AUGGAGAUGGACAACAACCUUCUUACGGCAAUGGUGGAAAGAUGGAGAAAAGAAACGCACACAUUCCACCUUCUAGAGGGAGAGAUGACGAUUACGUUGAAGGACGUAGCCAUGCUGACAGAGCUUCCAAUCGAUGGUGAUGCAAUAAUUGAAAGUUCACAGAAACCAUUGAAUGGUUGGGGUCAAUUUAUAAGCGAGCGUUUAGGUAUCAACAUCCCCGAGGAAGCAGAAGAAGGUCGUCGUGUACCACCUCUACACAAGUCUAUGUUAUUGAUACCUUGGCUAGUGAGGACCGUUGGGGAAUUACCGGAGGAUGCCACGGAUGCUCAGAUAGAGAGGUAUGCUCGCAUCUACCUUAUUUGUUUGGUUGGAGGAUUUUUGUUUCCGAACAUUUGGGAAACGGGUACCCAUUACCCGUGCGGGACGGAUAACGGGUACCCAUACUACCCAUAA